AUGGAGUUUGAGUUCCUAGAUGAAGACCUGAUGUCGGUUUGCCAAACAAGUGAGGAAGAAUCAGAGGAGAAAGAUAAUUGGAAGAUGUUUUUCAAUGGAGCUUCGAAUGCCUUGAGGCAUGGCAUAGGGGUCAUGGUAGUGUCACCAGAAGGAGAUCAUUAUCCCGUCAUAGCUAAACUCAACUUCUAUUGCACCAAUAAUGUGGCUGAAUAUGAAGCUUGUGUCAUGGGUCUUCAGGCAGCAAUCGAGAGGAAAAUUCACAUUUUGAAAGUAUAUGGGGAUUCUGCUUUGGUUAUUUAUCAAUUGCGAGGAGAAUGGGAAACACUUGACUCGAAGUUAAUCCGCUAUCAUAAGUAUGUUUCAAAGCUGAUUGAAAAUUUUAAUAAGAUUUGCUUCACCCAUUUACCUCAGGAGGAGAACCAAAUGGCCGAUGCAUUAGCUACGCUAGCGGCAAUGUUCAAAAUUGGUACCGAUGUCAAGAUUCAACCCAUCAUGAUUAAUCUUUGA